GGAGGCUGAGCCCGAGCCCCGGAGCCGCCGGGAACCUGCUCGGGUCCUGCGGGGCUCCGGCAUUCCCGGCCGAGGGCGCACCGCCUCCCAUGCGCCGGGGGCCGCGCGGCUCUCAGCCCUCUCGCCCCCGAGAGCGCCUCGUCGCGGGGCGCCCGGACGGGACGCCGGCGCGGAGCGGAUUUGUGUGUGAUUGUCAUUGUGCUGUGCCACAGUGAAGAGGUAUUUUUCACUUCAAGAUACCUUGCAUUAAAAGAUCAUGGUAGACAGUUUAAUAGUUUCUUUGAGACUUCUCAGUUCCCUAGCAGUGCUGGGAUUUCAGCUUGUCAUCCCACAGCCUUCAAUUGAACACAGAAAGGUGCCGCAGAGGAUAGAGGAGCACGGCGAUGCCCCCGAGGACAGCGGCGGAGUGCCGGGCCUGUGGGGCAGCUGGGGGCCCUGGUCCGCCUGCUCGCGGAGCUGCAGCGGCGGCGUCAUGGAGCAGACACGGCCCUGCCUGCCCGCCUAUUACCGGGAGCGCGGCUACCGCCGCCCGGGCCGCCACUUCCCGGCCCCCGAGCGCGGCGCCCACCGCGAGGACUCGCUGUCCGCCUACCCCGGGCACGUCAUCUCUGCCAUCCGCACCUCCGUGCCGCUGCACCGCAGCGAGGAGCAGCCGUGGGCACCGCCGCGGAACAGCAGCAGCAGCGGCGGCCAGGGCGGGCGGGCGGCGCUGAGGGGCAGCCGGCACUCGCAGGGCCCGCGGCACAGCGCCAGGCCCGACAGCAGAAGCAGAAACCGAAAUCCCAUUGGUCCAGGGAAGUAUGGCUAUGGGAAGGUGCCGUACAUUUUACCUUUACAAACUGACACUGGGCAGCAGCCCCAGAAGCUGCGGCGGCAGCGCCAAUCGUCCAGGAGCCACCUGUUCCAGCAGAGCCCGGGCCUCCUGAGCCCCUACAGCCAGGCUGCUGCUCCCUCCCUGCAGCAUGGCAGCCUCUACCAGGAGCCAGGGGGGCCUCAGGCGGGACACCAAGUCCUGGGGCCCUCGGUCUAUCAGUCCCCUUCGUUCCCUGUGUCUCAGAGCCUGUUCCACGGCGGUGACUCCAGCCCUCAGGCCCUGCAGGGCCAGCCCCAGCCCCAGAGGGCUGCAGCCAUCGUCUGCAUUGGUGCCUACAAGCAAUACAAACUCUGCAACACAAAUAUGUGUCCUGAAAGCAGCAGGAAUAUUAGAGAGGUACAGUGUGCAUCAUACAAUAACAAGCCAUUUAUGGGUCGAUUUUAUGAAUGGGAACCUUUUGCAGAAGUGAAGGGCAGCCAGAAGUGUGAGCUGAACUGCCGCGCCAUCGGCUACCGCUUCUACGUGCGCCAGGCGGAGACCGUGAUCGACGGCACCCCCUGCGAGCCCAACGGCACGGCCAUCUGCGUGGCGGGGCAGUGCAAGAGCAUUGGCUGUGACGACUAUCUGGGUUCUGACAAGGUGAUUGACAAGUGUGGAAUAUGUGGAGGGGACAACACUGCUUGCAAAGUUGUGUCUGGAGUUUUCAAACACACGCUAACAAAUCUUGGCUACCACAAGAUAGUGGAAAUUCCUGAAGGAGCUACUAAAAUCAACAUUACUGAGAUGUCAAAGAGCAACAACUACUUGGCCCUGCGCAGCCGCUCGGGACGCUCCAUCAUCAACGGCAACUGGGCCAUCGACCGGCCGGGCAGGUACGAAGGAGGGGGCACAAUGUUCACCUACAGACGCCCCAAUGAGAUCUCCAGCACUGCAGGGGAGUCCUUUCUGGCUGAUGGGCCAACCAAUGAAGUCCUUGAUGUCUAUAUGAUUCAUCAGCAGCCUAACCCUGGUAUACAUUAUGAAUAUAUCAUUCCAGGAGACAAUGUCAUUAGUCCUCAGUUGCUUGCUCACAGGAGGCCAGGGGAGCCACUGAAUGGUCAGUUAGGAAUGCCAGAAGGUACAAGUCAUGAGUCUGAGGAUUUGCAUAGAGAGACAGACAUUCUCACUGGACAGUCAGCUGGAACUUUCCCAGUUAUUCAGCCAGGAAGAUUUCCUUCUCAUCAGCCAGAAAACCAGGUGCCUGCUAUGCAACCACCAAGACAAAACCGAGAAUACAACUGGAAACAGGUUGGGAAAACUGAGUGCACCACUACAUGUGGGAAAGGAUCACAGUACCCAAUUUUCCACUGCGUGAACAGAAUCACUCACGAGGAGGUACCCGAGGGUUACUGUGACAGCAGCACCAAACCCAUUCCAGAAGAGGAGGCCUGCAACCUCUUCCCAUGCCCUGCUUUCUGGGACAUAGGGGAGUGGUCUGAGUGCAGCAAGACGUGCGGGCUGGGGAUGCAGCACCGGCAGAUCCUGUGCCGGCAGAUCUACGCCAACCGCACGCUGACCGUGCAGCAGUACCGCUGCCAGCACCUGGAGAAGCCCGACACCACCAGCACCUGCCAGCUCAAGAUCUGCAGCGAGUGGCAGAUCAGGACUGAGUGGACCUCAUGUUCAGUGCCUUGUGGAGUGGGGCAGAGGACUCGAGAUGUGAAGUGUGUCAGCAACCUUGGGGACGUUGUUGAUGAUGAGGAAUGUAACAUGAAGCUGCGGCCAAAUGACAUCGAGAACUGCGACAUGGGCCCCUGUGCCAAGAGCUGGUUCCUUACAGAAUGGAGUGACAGGUGCUCGGCAGAGUGCGGGGACGGGAUCCGCACACGCUCCGUGCUCUGCAUGACCAACCACGUCAGCAGCCUGCCCCUGGAGGGCUGCGGCAACAACAGACCCGCGGAAACAACGCCCUGCAACAACGGGCCCUGCGCUGGCAGGGUCGAGUGGUUUGCUGGGGGCUGGACACAGUGUUCUACUGAAUGUGGUAGUGGAACUCAGCAGAGAGAAGUAAUUUGUGUUAGGAAAACUGAAGGUAAUUUUGAAGUUUUGAGCCCCUAUGAAUGUUCAUAUUUGGAAAAACCUCCCAGCCAGCAGUCCUGCUACCUCAAACCAUGUGGAUCUAAGUGGUUUCAUACAGAAUGGAGCACAUGUUCCAAGUCCUGCGAAGGCGGCUUUCGGCUGCGCGAGGUGCGCUGCCUGUCGGACGACAUGGCCGCCAGCUCCCAGUGUGACCCACAGCUCAAACCUGAGGAGAAGGAGCCCUGUAACACACAGGAUUGUGUCCCUGAAAUAGAUGAGAACUGCAAGGAUAAAUACUACAACUGCAACGUGGUGGUUCAGGCGCGGCUCUGUGUGUACACCUACUACAAGUCAGCGUGCUGUGCCUCGUGCAGCCGCGUGGCAAACAGACAGCCGGGCUUCCUGGGCCGCAGAUAACACCCCCUGCCCUGCACAGCACCUCUGGCACUCUGCACGUGCAGCCUGGGCAGUGCUGCCGCUUGGACUGCAGCACCUGGAGCUUCCUAGAGAUGGGGUUUAUAUUGCUGAGUGCAUCGAGACUUUGGUUAAAUCUCACACCCUUUCAGUUAUUGUGCAGUUAUCUCUUUUAGGAUGUUUGUUGUAAAAUCAUGAUUUUUUUUAAAGCAUUCAUUUUUAUUGAUACUAUUAUUUGCACCUGCUCAUCAGAUACUUAUUUAAGGAACAUACUGGCCUUAAGAUUGUGAAAUUAAUGAAAACUAAAAUCAAUUGCAGGCAAUUACUGGAGAUAAUUGACCAGUAUGGAUGCAGCUGCUCCAUUAUUUUCCGAGUGCUUACUUGGUUUUUUGGACUGCCUUAAGUUAGAGGACUAAAUCAAUGAAACAUGCAUGAGAAAAAUGACUUCCCAAAGAACCAGACCCUUGAAAAGCAUUUAUCAUCAGUUUCCUAGCACUCUAACAUUUAUUUUUAACUACUUCAGUCCAUUCAUAAUAAAUCAGAGUCACUGUUAAGGUCUCUCAGUUGUCCUUUUAAGUGAUGUCCUGUCCUUAGGCAGCAAAUAUAUUCACACUUGACUGCCAGAAGGUGCCUUUAUAUUUAAUUCAUAAACUCAUGAAGACACACUUUUAUAAUUUUGUAUGGAUUUUAAAAUCUGUUCCCUACUGGAGUGACACUAGUGUCUAACUCUUCAAGUCUUUAACAGCUGCAGCUGUCAGUGAGACAGGUUAACCAGAAAGGUGAAGAGCCUUUGCUGGUAUAAAAAGUGAUUGUUCCCAUUGGUGAGGUCUCUUUUCUGUAGGGGACUUAUUUCAGAACUGGGAUCUUGCCUAAUUCUUGUCUCUGCACUAUUGUUUAACAACUGCCAAACCAAAGUACUUUGUUCAGACCUAGUCUGGAGAUGUCACCAGUUUCUGAAACAGCCACCAAAGGAGAGAGGCCUGUGUGCCUUAAGCAGUCUGUUGCUCCUGGUAUCAGGCAGCAGUAUGGGUCUGGUAGCUGAGUAUCUGUACAGAGGGGAUCUUAGCUACUGGCAUUCUUCAGGUUUUGAUCAGUUAUUACAGCAGACUUGUCUUUUUUUGCUCAGUGUUUCAUUGUGCAGAUCUAUUCAUACCACUCAUUUCCUGUUACUUAAGAAUGGCUGCAGACUUAGAGCUGAUUUUAAGUGGUGAUUUUUCAUUUCUGCAGUUACUGUACUAAGCCUUGAGACUUGCUGAAGGCAAAUCGUAUACUAUGCAGUGCAGAUGAGGUUUUGCAUUAUCUGCUUGUUCUCUAGCCUUUAUUUGAGAGGUCUUUCAAAUGUGUAAAUAAGGCUGAGGGGAAAAAAAUAAAUGCCUCUGCUUAUUCAGCUGUUUAUUACAGCAUAUUGCUUGUAAAUUAGUGGUGCCCAUCUAUGCAUCUGUUCCUGAAGUGCCUGAUGUCUGAAUUGCAAAGCAGUUGUAAUAAUCUAUGUUCAGUCAGUCCCAGAGGUAUGGUUAAGGUGUCCUGCCACUGAUGCAGAGCCAUGUUUGAGCCUCAUUGUGUGUCCUUUUCUUCUUGCUGCUUUGAUGGAGAGGAACGCUGGGAGGCAAAGGUUGCUGAGUGUGAAAGCAGUAACAUCAGUUUAUGUGCUGGAGCCACAGGAAGGUGGAAUUCCUGUAGUCUAAAAGCUGCCUUGCAUUGAGAUUAACUUCUGAAUAUUUUGAUUUGGUCACUCUUGAAAAAUAUAUUUUGGACAUGAUGAACUACUACUGGCUACAUGAAAUGAAGUGUUUCCCCUAAAAUUUGAAGGUACUCUUUGUGACUGUAAAUUGUUGUAUGUCAGCCAAAAAUGUCAUUGGCUGUUUCUGUACACUUUGACUUGGGCUUUUUCACUGUAAAUAAUAGACAUAAAGUUGUUAGAAAGAGAAGCUCUAAUUAGGAAACUUCAAGUUCAUGAAUCUUUCACAGUCCUCCUGUUUUUCCUUGUAUUACAAAGAUUUAUCCAUGAAGAUAACUUACAGAUUUGUUAUCAUAUUAUGUUCCUUAGAUUCUUGACCAAAGAAUGAUAUGGAUAAAGUGCGGUGUAAACAGCUCUGGAAUCCAGUACUUCUGAAUACAGAUUUUCAUCUGUGUAUCUCAUUGCAGCAAGUCUUGACAUACAUUAUAUAAUUUUUGCUGUUAUCCCUUUCAUCCCAAGGAAGUGUUUCCUGUCAGCUUGAGGGAAAUACCUGUUCCAUAAAAAGGCUUCCUGGAAACCCCAGGGCAAAUGAGGUGCAGAGGGAAUCUGGUUUGCAGUCAUAGAACAAAUUCUUCUUGCACAUGCUUUGGCUGUGAGACCAUCAGUGACUCAGCACAUAGAUAGAUUCCCCUAUUUUAUAAAAUCUUAUAUUUUGCCCUGGAAUAUAUGGCCAUUAGCUUAUUUUACAAUGAUGAUCAUCUUGUAGGCUCUGUUAAGCUGCCACUAAUGUAAGCAGUAUUUGUGAGAGCUGUCAAAGAAUAUAUACAUACAUAUAGCAGUAUAACUCUGUAUUACAUCUAUAGUGUGCAGCUUUUGAAUUGAAGGUAGUGAGCUAUGGUUAUGCAAACUGUACUUUAUUUUUAAGUAAAGAGACAUUUUUCAGAUGUACCAGAUUAAAAAGAAGAACAGUUUUACUUAAUUAAAUAUCUAAUGGUAAGUAAAUAUUCAUGGGAAGAAAAGUACGAGAAUGCUGCUGAACCUAAUCAUUUAUCAUCUCUUCUCAUGUGUCAGCAUUAUUAAAAUAGUUGUUCCUGCAAAAUGAACUAAUGAGCCCUUUUCAUCAGCACUUUGAUAUACUAAUAUUGUCUGCACAAGUGCUGUGCUAAGAUUUCCCCAUCUCACAAAGUAUGAUUUUGAAAUUGUGCCUAUGGCAAGUGUUUGUUCUAAUAGAGCAGUGCCCCAGCUUAUGAUGAUGCCUGCAGGGAAUUUGACUUUAUUUUCUGUAAGUCAAAGGUGGCCUUCAUGAAUGUAGUAUUAGACAUAGAGCAGAUGUGAAACCAGGUAUAAGUAAGAAAUUAUGUGUAUUAUCAAUUGCAAAUAUCAGUUAUGCACACUUCUGGUUUUUAAUGUUUUAAUUUCUUUUUAUGACAAUUUAACAGUCAAAAAAUGCAGAAUGGUGGAAAAAAAUGUUUCCUUGCCUUGAAGAUUCCUUAUGCAAUCCAGGAAGAGCAGAGUAAGUUAGAUACUUUAUUGAAAGAGUCCAGCUGCUUAUGGGGUAAAAUAUGCAUACAACUUCCAUAUCUUACACACAUGCAGCUGGCCAAAAUCACCUUCAUACCGAGCAGGCCCUGUGUCUCAAAGCACUUUCCAUUUGGAAUGGAGUAUUGCUGGUGCAGUUGUUUAUCAAAUUACCAAGGGCUUGUCAGGGUUUGCUCGCUCCUGUGCAGUGUCAUCUUCAAGCAUAUGGAGGUAGAAUUCCUUGUGUACACCAGAAGCACACCAAAUGUGAGAGACUGAAUUCAUGGAGUCCUCCCUUCCUCUCCCAAGAGGGUAGUGUAAAAGUGUGAGGGUUGCUCCUGUGGGAAUGACCCUGUGGAUGUGACCUGUGGCCAGCAGCGAGACAGUCAGUGUUUGCUUUGGUGUCUGUGACCUUCAGGCCCAGGGCUCUGAGCAGGGCAGGGCUGGUCAGGAGGCAGGGCAGGGCUGGUCAGGAGGCAGGGCUGGGCUGGUUAGGCAGGGCAGGGCUGGUCAGGCAGGGCAGGGCUGGAGAGUGCCCCUGGCUGUGCUGCAGGCCUGCCAGCCUUGAUGCCUGCCCCUGCUGGAUGGCCACAGGCUCACUGCAGGACCAUCUCAGAAUCCCCGCACAGGGAACUUCUGUCUUCCUCAUUACACACAUAAAUGUCCUGCUUUUUCCCAAUCCUUCAGCAAAUGGAGAACUUGGUGUAUGAAUAAAGCAGUGUUUAGUGUUAUUGCUUGGAUCCUAGUGUUAUGGCAAUGUGGUGCAGUCUUGUGUCAGUCAUAUAGUCUGUAGUCCUGGUCAUCACUGAGGGAGGAAGGAGAGAGGAGCUCAAACAGCCUGUGGCUUGUGUAGGGCUUGUACAGGAGGCUUGGCCUCCUGUCUUUAUAACAUGUACCACUGUAAGUAGUAAAAUGUGCCUUUUAGGGCUUUGUUUUUCCCAUCCUCGUCCUGACCUAUCCCCCUUUUACACCAACAUCAGUGCCUCUCCUCUCCUUCUUACCUCACUUUCAUCCCUUUGUCCUUUGGAUGACAAUAUUAAAUUACUGAAAAUCCUGAACUGGCCUUUGGUUUAUAAGAAUCUGUGUUAGAAAUAAGCCCAGCUAUUAAGAGAGCUAUAUUUUUGCCAGCCCUUGGAUUUUUGUGUCUGUGCAUAUCCAUGUUGGCUAGUUUAAAAUGCAUAGUAGUAAAGGACAUACUGAAUUAAUUCCUGUGCAGUGAACCUGUGGUUGCACAGCUGUUGAAGUCUGGGGUGGCCCUUUAUUCUCAUAUGUAAGAUCUAUUGUAAGAAAUAGUUAUGGUCCUCACAAGGAAAAGCCAUGUGUUUACCUAGUUUUCUUGAGACUUGGUGUCUCUGACUUCCUAGGAGCUGUUCUGUGUAUUGGGCAGAUAAUUCAUGUGCAUGCCUGGAAUUGGAACAAAAUCCAUGACAUUUUGAACAUGAAAGUAAACUUCAUUUAUUUCUAAACUUACAGAAUGUUUGUGGGAGAUUAAAUUAGGCAUUGAUUAGAAAACAGAGUAAAAUAAUUACUUCUACAUCAGAAAUGAAAAAUCAUCCACUUGACAUUUUCAAUAUAUUUUAAAGCACACUUGUAAUUAUUAUGAUGUUUCACUGUGGACAAAGUUCAGACUGGGGGAAAGGGAGAAAAUUCAGAGAAUUCGUAGCAGACCUGAAUUUGGUUCCUUACUUCUCACCUUUUGAUAAGCAAAAGUUCAGAGGAGCAAGAGUCCCCAGUUUUCCAUAUCCCUAUGUACACUAAGCACCAUCAUACCUGGAGAGGAGAGGAGCUUAAUUCUGAUGGAUCAUUGACCUUUCAGCACAUCAGUGCUGCUGACCUAUUUUUCCACACUGUGUUUGGGUCUCUUGAGACCAGUGGCCUUGGCAGGGUUGGGUACAUACGAGCUUGUGAAGUCCUAUCAGAGUCACUCAGGAUCUACAGAGAGGAUCAGGAAGGACAGGAGACAAAAGAAACCCUAACUUUUUUUUUAAUAUGUAUAAAAUUGUCUAUUUGACCCUCAUAAUUGAUUUUGGCAGAAGGAUAUACUUUAUUAUAACUUAUUUUGUUACUUGUAAAUACAAGAUGUCUAUGGGAAAUAUGUAAUUCUGAGCUGUGUCUAUGGAACAAGCCACUGCACCAAAAUAUUUCAAAUAUUUAGAAUAGGCAGAUUUUUUUAUUAAAAGGGACCUAAUAUGUAUUUAUUUACAUAUACCAUUCAAAUUUUGUCCAGCUUUUUCAUUAUACUAACCCAUCUUUUAGGGAAUUUUAUAGCACAGGUAUUACAUAUAUAUUUUUGUAUAUAUGUCAUACUGUAAAUCCAUAAUACAAUUUUCUAAACUUUCUGAUUAGCCAGUUCCUUGAGUGAAUUAAAGGGGGAGAGCAUAAGCAAAUUGCUUUCUGACUCGUUCAGGAAUAUAUAUCCGUGGCAAUGUACCUGAACCAGAACUGU